CACCGGUGCAUAGCAUUAUCUUCCCUUCCCUUCCCUGAGCAAAGAGAAGUAGCCACAAGCAUGUCUGGCAUCAUCGACAAGAUCCAGGAGACGCUCCACAUCGGGGGCGACCACAAGGAGGAGCACGAGCACAAGAAGGGCGAGGAGCACCACAAGAAGGACGACGGGGAGCACCACAAGAAGGACGACGGGGAGCACAAGGAGGGCAUCGUGGAGAAGAUCAAGGACAAGAUCACCGGCGAGCACGGCGACAAGUCCGGCGACCACAAGGACAAAGACCAUAAGGAGAAGAAAGAUAAGAAGAAGAAGAAAGAGAAGAAGCACGGGGAGGGCCAUGACCAUGGUGAUGGUGACGGACACAGCAGCAGCAGCAGCGACAGCGACUGAUCUCGCCUCGCCGAGCGCCGUGCGCACAUAUGCGCCGCGCAGGUUAUAAUACGGGCUGUCCGCCGAACACCAUGCGCAUAUAUUAUACAGUACUCGCCAAGAUUGUUGUUCUGCAAUCUUCUGGAUAAAAAGGUUCUUUUUUUGUUUUCGUUUGUCUGUGGUUUUCAUCUUUGCUGGAUGGAUCUGAAGAACGAAGUCGAUGUUGGAUUCACAUGUAUGCAUUGCUUGGAGGAUACUCACCGGAUAUCGGUGCUGAUGUGAUGAUCAAAAAAA